CGCGUUUUCUAUUUUACCUUAAAGUGUUAUUUAUUUACAUACACACAUAUAUAGAUAGAUACAUAUAUAUAUACAUAUAUAUUUAAAAUGAGUGAUCGUCCCAGAAGAAAGAGAAGACAAACUACUCAAAGACCUAAAGUGAGUAAUGCUCAUUAUGUAGGUUAUGUUGAGGAUGAAGAAUCUGUAGAAGCAAUCAUGAAAAAAUUUGAAGAAUUAGAACGUAUACAAAAGGAAUUUUCAAGCCUUCAAGUAAACAAUGACACUAAUGUAGAUCAGGAUGAGCAAAUGACUGAUGUAGCGGACGAAUCGGUAAAGAGUACACAACUAACAGAGGAACAACUUGAAGAGGUAUUCAAACGUACUUCUGCUUUUACAGUGAAAAGUGCGACCAUGGAGACAGGUGAAUUUGAGGAUUUAGAUGCAUUAGAGCUUUGGCAAAUUGAAUAUAAAGAUGGUAGCACUACAGAAUUUUAUGAAGAAGAUGAAUAUCAUUACGUUGAUGAUAACUUUUGGGAUGAAGAGUUUGGUAGCAGUGAAAGACCUAAAAGAGUUAGACAUGGACGUACACCGAAACAACCAGGACAAAGACGUGGUGGUGUUGACCGUGAAAGUAUCAUUGCGAAAUAUAAAAUUAUGCAAAUUCAGGUACAAGAUCGAAAUGGAAAUUAUUUUACAGUUAAAAAACGAGUUAGUAAUGUCGAUCCAUCACUUCCAACCUAUGUCAAAAUCCCAGCAAGACCUAUUUCACUUUCUUGGGCACAUUCAAUUAAGCCAUUCAAUACUAAAAAUACUCUAAUCCCCCCUGGAUCUAACUAUCAUGAAGUAGAUAAUAUUAUAUCAACCAAUCUAACUCAAUAUGGAACUAACUUUAGUGCUGUUUACAUGGAUCCACCUUUGUUAUUACCUGGAGAAGAGCCUUGUCCUGGAAAGAUAACGAUUGAAGAAUUUGCCAAUUUAAAUGUAUCAGAUAUUGUGCAGUCAGGGUUUUUAUUUAUUUGGGUAGAGAAAGAGUGGUUACAGAAAUUAGUGAGCAUUACAUCAAAAUGGGGAUUCAAAUAUGUCGAAAAUUUUUGUUGGAUAAAGAAGAACAUUAAUAAUCAAAUUGCUAAAAGUCAAUAUACAUACUUUAACAAAAGUAAAUUAAGUCUAUUAAUUUUUAGAAAGGAAGGUGAUAUUGAACUACGACAUCAACGUAACCCAGAUUGUAUAUUUGAUUUUAUUAGACCUAAGCUAUCAGAUGAAAUAACUGAGAAGAAGCCACCUUUUGUAUAUAAAGUCAUUGAAACAUUACUUCCUAAUGCUGUUUAUAAUGUAGAAAAGAAUCCUAAUGGAGACAAACUACUUGAAUUAUGGUCAAAAAAGGGCUCUAAAAGACAAGGAUGGACAACAGUAGUAGAACUUGUAAAAAAAUAGAAAUAAAAACCUAUGCUUCUUAUAAAUAUAUACAUAUUUAAUGUAUGACAAGUAUAAAAGGCUUCCUUCCC